AUGGGCGGAGUUGAUGUCCAUGAUCAACUCCGCCUCCAGCGCUACUCCCUGCAACGUGCGGUUACCUUCCGGAAAUACUACAAGUCUCUAUUUCUAGGGCUGGUAGACCUCGCAAUCGUCAACGGUUACACUGUUCACCGCGCGUACCAUGCGAGCGAGGGCACACGACCACUGACGCACGUGCAGUACAUUCGCAAGCUGCACCUGGAGCUGAUUCACUUGAAGAGCGAGGACAUUUACGAAGACAACAAGUUCGGAGCAGCGUCUACUGCGGCACCUGCAGCUUCUGCGAGCAGAGCGGAACGUACUUCAGGUACCCAGCACUUACCGACGCAGAUUGACGAAUGGAGAACGCACUCGGGGCAGUCGAAGCAAGUGCAGCGAAACUGCAUGAUCGGCUCUUUGAUGCCUACGGAUGGGAAGCUAGGCGGGACCACGACAUAUUACUGCAAGGCUUGCGUCGACUCCCAGCAAGUGUACCUGUGCAUGAAGCCGAAGAAGACUAUCGACGGUGUCCUGAUGAGCUGCUGGGAGAUCUGGCACACCAUAUACAAGAACGGCAUCGCCAUUCCUGACCACUUAGAGCCUGUUCGCGUUGUACUAGAGAUGGAGAUGGUGCUUGAUCUCCACCUACAGCUCGUUCGCUAUGUAUCCAUCUCCAGACAAAUUUUAAGCCAAUCACAGGACAGAUAUGGGAUGGCUCUCCUCCCCACUUGA